GUUUAAAUUUCAGUUUUAUCUCAUGACUGUAACGAUUUCAGAGUCACUCCCUGUCUGUAGAUUGAACUGAACGAAUGCAACAGUUUUCAUUGGGGAUUUAAAACCGCGGGACACAGUCUGAAGCGUCAGUAGAUUGAGAAAAUAUGAUGGAGGAUUUCUCUGGCUUGGCUCUGCCUCCUCUGUUUGGAGGACACAUCCUGGAGGCAGAGCUGGAGCCAGGCGGUGUGGAGCUGGGACCUGGAGAGGUGGAGCUCGCCGCGGGAGACAGCGAAAUGCUUGAGAGCCCAGUGCAAGAGGAUGAGGAGACAAGAGCUCUUGAUAAGAGGAAAUAUCUGUCUCUGAGCAGGAGAUGUAAAGAAAUUGAACAGGUGAAUCAAAAGUUGCUGGGCCGCCUUCACCAAGUACAAAGAAUCACACGACGGUUGAAGAAAGAACGAAGGUUUCUAAUGAAGACUUUAGAUGCUCAUGGGGAUGAUUACAGAAAUGCACAGCUCACGAUAUUGCUUGAGGAUGAGACUGGUGCACAUUUAGAUCCUGCUGCUGGAGUGGAGGAUGACCGCCUCAAUGGUCUGUCUGGUUCCACGGCGUCCGCAGCGUUACAUCACGCUGCUGGACCAAAGAAGAGGAGGCACCGAAUUCCAAGGCAAGAGAAAGACAAAGACCCACAGACUGAACCAGACAUGUCAGUGUUGGCAGACUCACAAUUUGGAGACAUGCCCAGCCCAACCUCCCUGUCUCACUGAUCAUCCGAUGGCUGCACUGCCCUGGAUUUGAUGAUGUCCAAGGAGCGCCCAGCGUCUUUACUUGUUCAGUAGAUAAUGUCAGCUCUCACUGUGCAGCCAGGUUUUUCAGUGUUUUGUAGUUUUACUUGAAUAUUCUGAACAGACUUAAGUUAAUCUAAGAUAAAACGAAAUGUUAGUUACCUGGUGCAUACAUUACAUAUAUUUGUACAUAUUAUUUUCUGCUUUCAUGUUUUGUACCGAGAUUUGAUGACAUAUAAUUAUGACCAAUGGCAAGCCUUGUUUGGUAAAAAUCUGGCAACACAGACAAUUAAAGCAGGGCAGAAAAAUGAA